AUGUCAUCUAGCCGAAAGUCAAAUACCGACGGCAAGCAAACCGGACAUGUGACACCCAGGUCCCGUUCCUCACGCGCCAGCUUAACAUUCCCGGUGGGCCGAAUCCACAGGCUUAUGCGAAGAUGCAGGCUCGCCGAGCGCCUAAGUGCCUGCGCGCCUGUGUACCUGGCGGCCGUGCUCGAAUACCUCACCGCCGAAGUCUUGGAACUUGCCGGCAACGCGGCGAGGGACAACCACAAGGCCAGGAUCACCCCGCGCUUUCUGCAGCUGGCCGUGCGCAACGACGAAGAACUGAGACAGCUGCUCGCCGGCGUGACCAUCGCCGAGGGGGGCGUGCUCCCGUACAUUCAACGCGAACUUCUCCCCAAACCUUCUAGCACCAAAUCCAACAAGCAAGCCGGACCGGCAGCAGGCAGCCAGGAUUUUCUAGCUGGAGAAGCAGCUCGGUGA